AUGCAUGAUAGAUGCACUGCGAAGAAGUUUAUAUUCAAUGGAGGCAGACAGAUUGGCAGCAGAUAUACAAAAGUGAUAUACACACAGUUUACAGACGGAACAUACACCAGGGAAAUACCUGCGCCAAAAUAUAAUGGUUUCCUUGGUCCCACACUUAAAGGAACAGUUGGUGAAAAAAUACGUAUUCACUUUAAAAAUAUGGCGAGCAGGCCAUACACUAUGCAUCCUGAAACUAACGUUUGGUACAAUGACGAUAGUGAAGGUGCUUUGUAUGACGAUAACACACCUACAAGUCAAAAAUUUGAUGACCAAGUACAGCCGGGAGAAUCUUGGACAUAUAAUUGGGAACUCAGAGCGAAUUUUGGGCCAACCGGUGAUGAUGAAAAUUGUAUUGGAGUUCCUUACUCCUCCCAUAAUAAACCACCAAAAGAUAGGGAUACUGGUUUGGUAGGAAUGAUGGUGGUUUGUAAGCCAGGAGUUUUACGGCAUGAUGGCAGUCGAGUAGAUGUUGACAGGGAGUAUGUUUUGUUCAUGGGUGCGGUUAAUGAAAGCUUCAGCUGGUUAAUAGAUGAAAAUGUAAACCGAUGUAGAAAUCCUGCUGAAUGUAACUCCUUAGUAAAGUCUGGGAAUAAAGAAUUCAUUGAGUCUACUAUAUAUCAACAGAUUAACGGAUAUAUUUAUGGAAAUGGUCCGGAUUUUGAAGUUUGUUCUGGAGAGAAGGUGGUUUUUUAUGCCUUUGGAAUAAACACUGGAAUACAAACAGUUACAAUUUAUGGAGGAAUACAAUCAUGGUUAAACAGGAGAUUUGAGGGCGUUAGCAUACAACCUGGCAUUGCUAAAGUAAUCACUGUUAAUCCAGAAGGUACUGGACGUUGGUUGAUGGCAAUAAAUGGGUUACAGUAUGGAAAUGUCAAAGGACUAGAAAUGUGUGCUGGCGAAACAGUCCUACUUAGUAUCUUAGGAUUUGCAGGCGAUGAGGAUAGGUAUCAGUCUAUAAUCUUUGAGGGUAACAGUGUGAAAUAUUCUGGGCAAAAUGUUGAUGCCAUAAGUAUUGGGAAUGGAAUAUCAGCCACAGUUAUCAUGACACCGGAUAAUAUUGAUGGUCAUUUAUAUGUAAGAGACACCAUGAAAUUUAUUGGAACAAAAUAUGCCAAAGCGGUUUACAGAGAAUUUACUGACGGUUCAUUUAAGCAUUUAGUAAAACGAAGUUUCAGAGAUUACCAUCUAGGAAUACUAGGACCUUUCGUUCGAGUUGAGGUUGGUGAUACCCUUGAAAUAGUAUAUAAGAAUAUGGUCAAUUUUCCAAAUACAAUUAAUAUGAGAAAUCUUAAAGGCGAUAACCACAUGGUUCGUGAUCAAGCAGAAAAUGGAGUUCCACCUGGUAAAACUACAACCUUUAGAUGGUAUGUUCCAGAGAGAUCUGGUCCUGGUCCAUUUGACCCCAAUUGCGUUGGACGAUCCUAUGAUUCUACAACUAAUCCUCUGAAAGACUCGAAUACUGGCCUUUUCGGACCUUUGAUUGUUUGUAGAAAAGGCGUACUUGAUAAGAAUGGUAACAGGAAUGAUAAUGUUGAUCGUGAGUUUGCUGUAAAUUUUGAGAAAUACGAUGAAACAAAAAUUGAAGGCUAA